UUCCGCAGGUGAACAGUUUUAAUUGUCGGCAAAAUGAAGCUGAAACCCCAAUGCUUCCUGCACUUUUUGUGUUUGGAUAAGAUCUACUGCUUGUUAUCGGUCAGAAACGCAAGGGCACUGGCGGCCUACUUUCAACUGCUCGAUGUUCACAAAAAUAAUUCUCUGAAUGAUCUGCAGUUUUACCACUUUCUCCACUAUGUAACUGACCUGAGCAAGGCUCAGAUCAUGCUGGUGUUUGACUUACUGGACUGGGAUGGCACAGGGGAGAUCGGCUUUGAUGAAUUCUACAUGUUGGUGUGCAUCAUAAUGUCCCAUGAGAACCACCUUGAAAAGCAGUUCAUGUAUCGUCAUUGUCAUCAAGUUUUUGAGCUGCUGGACAUCGAUGGAGGGCACACAGUUGGCCCAGCAGAGUUCCAAUCUACUCGCUUCCUCUUUAAUAUUAAAAAGACCGAGCUGAGUCAGAUAUUCAAGGACUUUGACAUCUCUGGUGAUGAGCAACUAAACUACAAGGAGUUCAGGAUGUUCACUAUCUUCUGCAUUGACAGACAACAGAGGAAGGCAAGGGAGAAACUGAGGAAACAGAUAGCUAAGGCUGCAGCUGCAGCGGCAGAAGCAGAAUCAUUAUCUGAAUUUUCUUUCAGUGACCUUUAAUUACAUAUGGAAGAAAAGAGUGUUGUUUCCCCGGCAGCCAGAAAUUU